AACAGUACUAGCCAAAAAAGUGAUGAUGAUUAUGAAGAUUAUACAACCAACAAAACCUGGGUGUUGACUCCCAAAGUCCAUGAGAGUGAUGUUACCCUCAUUUUAAAUGGCCUGCUGGAGGGGUAUGACAACAAAUUGAGGCCAGAUAUAGGAGUGCAACCAACAGUAAUUCACACUGAUAUGUAUGUCAAUAGCAUUGGUCCAGUGAAUGCUAUCAAUAUGGAAUAUACAAUUGAUAUAUUCUUUGCCCAAACCUGGUAUGACAGACGGCUAAGAUUCAACAGCACCAUAAAAGUUCUGAGGUUGAAUAGCAACAUGGUUGGGAAGAUCUGGAUUCCUGAUACAUUCUUUCGAAACUCAAAAAAAGCAGAUGCUCACUGGAUAACAACACCAAAUCGAAUGCUCAGGAUCUGGAAUGAUGGCAGGGUACUCUAUACUCUCAGACUGACAAUAGAUGCAGAGUGUCAAUUACAGUUACACAAUUUCCCCAUGGACGAGCAUUCUUGUCCCCUGGCAUUUUCAAGCUAUGGCUACCCAAAGGAAGAAAUAAUCUACAUGUGGAAACGCAGUUCAGUGGAAGUGGGAGAUACUAGAUCCUGGAGGCUCUAUCAGUUCUCAUUUGUUGGACUUAGAAAUACAACUGAAGUGGUUCCAACAACAUCAGGAGAUUAUGUGGUCAUGGCAGUCUAUUUUGAUCUAAGCCGAAGGAUGGGCUAUUUCACCAUUCAAACUUACAUCCCCUGCACGCUCAUUGUAGUGCUCUCCUGGGUUUCUUUCUGGAUUAAUAAGGAUGCCGUACCAGCCAGAACAUCUUUGGGUAUUACAACAGUCCUGACAAUGACCACACUCAGUACAAUUGCUCGCAAAUCUCUACCCAAAGUCUCUUAUGUGACAGCAAUGGAUCUCUUUGUAUCAGUUUGCUUCAUUUUUGUUUUUUCUGCACUGGUGGAGUAUGGGACUCUUCAUUAUUUUGUUAGUAACAGAAAGCCAAGCAAGGAUAAAGAGAAAAAGAAGAAAAAUCCUGCGCCUACAAUUGAUAUCCGUCCAAGGUCAGCAACGAUUCAAAUGAACAAUGCAACACACCUCCAAGAACGGGAUGAAGAGUAUGGCUAUGAGUGUCUUGAUGGCAAGGACUGUGCAAGUUUUUUCUGCUGCUUUGAGGAUUGCCGAACAGGAGCUUGGCGACAUGGAAGGAUACAUAUUCGCAUUGCCAAAAUGGACUCCUAUGCCCGCAUAUUUUUCCCCACAGCCUUCUGUUUGUUUAAUCUGGUCUACUGGGUAUCUUACCUUUACCUUUAA